AUGUCGGGGAAAAAGAAGGGGGUGGCGGCGGAAGACGCCAUAAGGGUCAUUGGGUUGGGUUACGAUCUCACCAACGAUCUCAGGCUCAAAUUCUGCAAGAACCACUCCAGGUUGAUCGCUAUCGACGAUGACAAUCUCCGAACUGUCGAACUCCCUCCUCGGAUUUCUAUCCCUAAUGUCCCCAAAUCCAUCAACUGCGAUAAAGGUGACCGCAUGAGAUUAUGCUCCGAUGUCCUCUCUUUUCAGCAGAUGUCAGAGCAGUUCAACCAGGAGUUGUCACUGUCUGGUAAGAUUCCAACUGGCCAUUUCAACAUCGCAUUUGGGUUUACAGGAGUUUGGCAAAAAGAUGCUGCCGACACCAAGACUCUUGCUUUUGAUGGUGUAUCCAUCACACUCUACAACAUUGCAUUUGAGAGAACCCAGCUAGUUCUUCAUGAUCAUGUCAAACGAGCUGUUCCUUCGUCCUGGGAUCCAGCUGCCUUGACAAGAUUCAUUGAGAAGUAUGGAACUCAUGUUAUAGUUGGGGUGAAAAUAGGAGGAACUGAUAUAAUCUAUGCAAAGCAGCAGUACUCAUCUCUUGUCCAACCUGCUGUUGUACAGAAAAAAUUGAAGGACAUGGCAGAUGAAUUCUUCAUUUCUGGGAGGGUCAAUGAAAAGGAAAAGGACAAUGCACUGGGUUUCAUGGAGAUUCAAGCUGGUUCCUACUUUGAAUCAGAGGUGCAGGAUAUCAAGUUCAUAUGCAAGAGGAAAGGUGGAAAUGGGAAAAAAUCUUUGUCUCAUAGUGAGUGGUGCCAAACUGUUCUGUCUCAACCUGAUGUGAUAUCAAUGUCGUUUGUACCAAUUACAUCUCUACUUGGUGGAGUAAAUGGAAGUGGAUAUUUAACUCAUGCCAUCAACCUCUAUUUACGAUGUAAGCAACUAAAUAAACCACCAAUUGAAGAAUUGCAUCAAUUUUUGGAGUUCCAGCUUCCAAGGCAAUGGGCCCCUGUAUUUGGUGAGCUUGCCCUUGGUCCUGAAAGGAAGCCUCAAAAUACUGCAUCUUUACAAUUCAGUUUCCUGGGUCCCAAGCUCUAUGUAAACACCACACCGGUUGAUGUGGGAAAGAAGCCUGUCACAGGCCUUCGAUUGUAUCUGGAAGGAAAGAGAAGUAACUGCUUGGCAAUCCAUUUACAGCACCUAUCCUCCCUGCCCAAAACCUUCCAACUCCAGGAUGAUCCUAAUGGGAAUGCAUCCAAUGACUCUUCAGAACGCAAGUACUAUGAGAAAGUCCAGUGGAAGAGUUUCUCUCAUGUUUGCACAGCUCCUGUUCAAUCAGAUGAUGAUCAUGCUGUUGUCACUGGUGCUCACUUCGAAGUUGGAGAUACCGGUCUUAAGAAAGUUUUAUUCCUAAGACUUCAUUUCUGUAAAGUUGUCCGUGCAACCAAGGUGAAAGAUCCUCAGUGGGAGGGUUCUCCUGGAUUGACCCAGAAAUCUGGAAUAAUCUCAACAUUUAUCAGCACUACCUUCUCGGGUCCACAAAAGCCACCGCCACCUCGACCUUCUGAUGUAAACAUCAACUCUGCUUUAUAUCCUGGGGGGCCUCCUGUGCCUACUCAGUCUCCCAAACUUCUAAGGUUUGUUGACACAACUGAAAUGACAAGAGGGCCGCAAGACUUUCCUGGCUAUUGGGUUGUGUCUGGGGCAAGGCUUUUUGUGGAGAAGGGUAAGAUAUCACUUAAAGGUGCCAAAAAUGCAGCCAAAUUUGGUAUUCAACACUUGCAGCAUGAGUAUUGUUGUAUAUCUACACAAACAAGUUUCAUUCUUGGAUCCAUGUCUUCCUACUACCCUUUCUUUUCGACAUAG